AUGUGGCCAUUGCACCUGAAGCUGCACGCCCGCUUCUUUGCAACUGCAAGUGAGCUGGCCAAAUGGGAAAGGCGUUGCAAUCGAUUGACACAGCUGCAACGACAAAUCAGGUUUCUGCCUUUGCAGCACUUCUCAGUUGGCGACAUGACAUAUACGCUGCCACUUAAAGCACUUGGUCCUCCAUCGCAUCUCCCAACUCGACAAGAGCUUGGAUACCUAGCUGGAUUCUUUGAUGGAGAUGGGUACGUGAGCAUGGUGAAGAGUACUGGACAAAUGUCGAUGGGUAUUGGCCAAACUCUGGAUUCUGCCAGAGUGCUCAUCCGCUUCCGUGACAGUUUUGGUGGUGGCAUUUGGCACCAUAGGUGCCAAUCAGGAACACACAGAGCAACGCUGCAAUGGCAAGUUCAUGGCAGAACUAUGCGACACGCAGCACAGGUGCUUUGCAAAGUUCCUUCCAUGCAGCGGGCACAACUCCAGAUAGCAGCAGCUGGGAAAAUAACAAAGGCAGACAGAAGUGGUGUGGCACAGACGUUAAGGCUGUUGAAGCAGAAGGACCAUGUGCCUGCAAACUUCAGUUGUUCAUGGCCUUACUUUGCUGGUUUUUUUGAUGCUGAGGGGUCGAUUUCUGUUCGUGGAUCUUGCGUUGGGCUUGAACUGCAAGUGGGCCAAAUGAACCCGUUUGUUUUGGAGGAAUUGCAUUCCUUCUUGCACAAGCAGGAGUUGAGUAAGUGGAGACUUGAGUGCAGAAGCGAUGGGGGUUGUCAACUCCGCUGUGCAGACCUUGCAACUUGCAAGCGGACGCUGCGGCACCUGUUGGAUGCUGGCCUUGACCUCAAACAGAGCCAGGCGGCUCUAGCUGUUUCCCUGGAGGCUGACAAUCAUAAACAAGUUCGUGAGCACAUGUUUUCAUUGAAUGGCUUUAACAGCAAGUACCGGCGCCUUGACGAUGCAGGCAUUGAGCGUGCCAAACAAAUCAAUAGUGUCCGUAAACAAUUCAACAGAGCCUCCUCCCAACAAGAACGUGAGUUGCUGCAGGCGAAGCUUGAAGGUCUUCGAGAAGAUCACAAAUUGCAGAAAUUACAACUCAAAUCUGUGAGCCUACGUGGCAGCAUCCGACAGUCACUUCAAGAUGGAGGUUUCGUGGUGCCGAUCUGAAUGAGCUAUGGACAGAAUGAGUCGAGGCAAAGGCUCAACGACUUUAAUUCUCUGUGUGUUGCAAAGAACUGCUGCGCUUGUUCAAGAGAAGGAACACAACCGGAGUGCUUUUCCAUGUUUUAAGUCUGAUGUUUCUGAAAAGGCUGAAGAUGAGGCGGGUGGAGUUGGAGCCAGAUUCCAAGCCAGCCCAAAGCAAAGAACCAUUUGAGUGGACAAUGGCUAGGUCCAUAGGGUUGAUAGACCAUGAGGCCUAUGAGGCCUACCAUUUCUUAGUUGGCAUUCUCCACUGCAUCGAACUGAAGACCACAUAUUUUGCGGUUGUUGUGGACAUGUGCAUCGUUGUUGACCUCAAACGCGCGAUCUUUCCG